CCCGCCGCCGCCUUCCACUUCCUGGACUGCGGGCCUAGCGGACGCGCGUACUCCCGACCCGCCAAGGGAACGAGACGCAGAGUAGACGGCGACGUGUUCGGGUCAUGUGACGUGGGGCGCGCCUUACGAGGCGCGCGGGCGUCCCAGAGGGGUGCUGUCGGGCGUGCGCGGUUGAGGAGCCGGAGGCGGGGGCCGGGCCGGCGGAGGCAGCGGGGCUCGACGAAGCGGGAGGGCGGGGCCAGCUCCGGGACUGCGGCGACUACACUUCGAGCGUGUGACAAGGCCUGAGGGGAGCGAUGCUGUGGUUCCAGGGUGCCAUUCCGGCCGCUAUCGCUUCGGCGAAGAGGAGCGGCGCGGUGUUCGUGGUGUUCGUGGCAGGUGAUGAUGAACAAUCUACACAGAUGGCUGCAAGUUGGGAAGAUGAAAAAGUGACUGAAGCAUCUUCAAACAGUUUUGUUGCUAUUAAAAUUGAUACCAAAAGUGAAGCCUGCCUACAGUUUUCACAAAUCUAUCCUGUAGUGUGUGUUCCAUCCAGUUUCUUUAUUGGAGACAGUGGUAUCCCUUUGGAAGUAAUAGCAGGAAGUAUUUCUGCAGAUGAACUUGUUAUGAGAAUUCACAAAGUCCAACAGAUGCACUCAUCAAGAGGUGAAACAUCAGUGGCAAAUGGCAGCCAGUCUGAAAGUUCAGUGUCUACUCCAUCUGCCUCAUUUGAACCUAAUGACACUUCUGAAAACUCUCAAUCCAGGGAUGUAGAGUUUUGCCAGACACCUCUCACUUCUGAUACAAAAUCAGGUACUACAACAGGAGGAGAAAGCUCAAGCCAUACAACUCCCUCUCAGGAGCCCAGUGAAUGUUCAAAUCAGAGACCUGUAGAGGACCUCACCAUCAGAGUGGAAAGACUAACAAAAAAACUUGAAGAAAGGAGAGAAGAGAAAAGGAAAGAAGAAGAACAGAGAGAGAUUAAGAAGGAAAUUGAAAGGAGAAAAACGGGAAAAGAAAUGUUGGAUUAUAAAAGAAAACAAGAAGAAGAAUUAACAAAAAGAAUGUUGGAAGAAAGAAACAGAGAAAAGGCAGAAGAUAGGGCAGCUCGAGAACGGAUAAAACAGCAAAUUGCAUUGGAUCGUGCAGAGAGAGCGGCUCGUUUUGCAAAGACAAAGGAAGAAGUAGAGGCUGCCAAAGCCGCUGCCUUACUGGCCAAACAGGCAGAAAUGGAAGGCAAGAGGGAAUCAUAUGCAAGAGAAAGAAGCACUGUUGCAAGAAUUCAAUUCCGUCUGCCUGAUGGUUCUUCCUUUACAAAUCAAUUUCCUUCUGAUGCUCCUCUAGAAGAAGCAAGGCAGUUUGCAGCACAGACUGUUGGCAACACUUACGGUAAUUUCUCAUUAGCAACCAUGUUUCCCAGGAGGGAAUUUACCAAAGAAGAUUAUAAAAAGAAAUUACUAGAUUUGGAACUUGCCCCAAGUGCUUCAGUGGUGCUGUUACCAGCAGGAAGACCAGCUACAUCCAUUGUACAUUCUUCCAGUGGAGACAUUUGGACAUUGUUGGGGACAGUACUUUAUCCAUUUCUUGCCAUCUGGAGAUUGAUUAGCAACUUCUUAUUUAGUAAUCCUCCCUCUGCACAGACUUCAGUGAGAACACCAUCACCAGAAUCUUCAAACCCUACAUCAUCUGGCAAAUCGGAAAAAAGGGAACCAGUCAGAAAAAGAGUGCUGGAAAAACGAGGGGAAGAUUUUAAAAAGGAAGGGAAGAUAUAUAGAUUGAGGACUCAAGAUGAUGGUGAAGAUGAAAACAACACUUGGAAUGGAAAUUCUACGCAGCAGAUGUAAUGCAACAAGUACAAUAUGUACAAUAAUUAGUUUCUCUUAUUCUACUGGAGAAGUGGGUCUGCUUUGUUUUCCAACUGAUCUAUAAAGUAUCUCUUUAUUUUCCUGCUUAGUGGGUAUGGGUUAAAGUGUUUAACUCAAAAAAGUCAAGACAUAAAAUAACUGGCUGCUAGGUUCUUGCAUACAGUAACAAUUGCUAGAUGCCUAAAAGAAUCAAAAGGUCUGCCACAGCCUCACUCUAUCAGCUGCUGCUUCAGUAUUUUAUAUACCCUUUAGCCUUGUGCUCUCAGAUGACAUUUUGUUUAGAAUACUCCUUUCUCCAAGACUCUUAAGCCCAAAGUAAUUGGUAUAUCACUGAGUAAUUUGACUCCUAGAGCAUUUUAACUAGCCAAUCAGAUGAAAACUUAUGUUUGACUUUUCUUUUUGCUCAUCAGCUGCAAGCAAAAUCUUGUAGGUUUUAAUCUUACUUAAAUACUGAAUAAAAAAAUCUUUUUCAAAAAUCAGAAUGAUCUUAUUUUUGCUUUAAGCAUCUUUUUAUUGUACAGGGCUCUGUUGAGGUUAAUGCUUCUUUGAUUUUUUUCUUCCCAGUAUUCCUAUGCUAUCUCAGUAGGAAAAGGGUUUUCUGACACUCAUUGAUGUCAUUUACUGUUUAUUCUAGGUCAGUGAGGCAUUGCUUUGUAUAACCUUAUGGUCUUUGUUCUCAUCUGAUACAAAACAGAUAAGAAGUGCUUGUCUAUAACCUGGUAUUCCCUCUCACCUUUAUACUGAUGUUUUAUACUUAGUAAUCACACUUCUAGGACCUAAAGUACCUGUGGUAUAGGACAAAAAGUAUAAAGAUACACCUUUACUGAUCUGAUUAUUAUUAAGAGAAUCUUAGUCUGACUUAACAUACUAAGUCACAUAAUUUUGCUAGUGGAGACCACUAAAUUAAUGGUGUUUGAAAAAGGCUGUGUGAUAUUUGCUUUGUUUUUAGAUUGGAUGGUAUUGCUUUUGAGUCAAUAUGUAGGAAAGCUUUGACUUUAUUUUAUAAUGAGAGGAAGAAAUUCUCAGCAAACUUUGUUUUUCACCAAUGAAAUAACAAUGAAUUUUUAAAAUGGUGAUAGUGUUGGCAAGGAUACAGUGAGAAUAGGCUGUGCUGUUGGUAGGAGUGAGAACCAAUAGAUCUUUAGUAUUUUGUACUCUGAUCCAAUAAUUUUUCCUAAGGAAUGAUCAUACAGAUAAAGAUAAAUUGAAACAUCGUAAAGUGUAUUUAUUUUACUUAAAAACUGGAAACCAACUAAAUGCCUUCUGUAGAAGCAAUUUUUGAUGAGAAAUGGUACAGUACUAAUUCAGUUUAACAUGUUUAUUGAGCAUCUGUUAUGUAUUGGGGGAAAAGAAGCAGGGUACAGAGCUGUAGGUACACUAUGAUCUCAGCUUUGUAAAUACAUUUUAUAUAUAGAUAGAACUACAUAUUAAUAUAUGUGUAAAGAAAGAAAACAACAAAACAAUACUGGUAAGAGUGGUUAUAUGCGAUUCUAGUUUUCCUUUUUGCACCCUUAUAUUUUCCCUGUGUUCUACAGUGAUCCUGUUGUUUGCAUAAUUUAAAAAGUGAGUUUGAAAAAGAAAAUCUCAAGUAAGCAUCCCAUUUAGUUUUAUCAUCUUUAAAACUGCAGCAGUACAUAAUUUUUAAACCUGCCAAAUAGGUGUGACCUUACUGUUAGAAAUACAUUUACAGAAACAUUGAGUACCUCAAGUUAGUUUGUCUUGAAGAAAGUCAAAUAUAAAUGUUAGAGAAAUGUGCAUUAAAAAAUACAUUAUCUUGAGUAGGAGGAUUCCUCAAUUUUAUCUUUUAAAAAAAAUGGUAAGAUAUCCAAAACAGUAUGUAAGGAUACAAAAUGAAAAUGAAGUCCCCUGCUGACGUCUUACCCCCAAUACUACUAGUCCUCAGAUGUAACCUCUAUUAACAGUUUUCUUAUGUAAUUUUCAGAAAAUUUUUAUGCAUAUAUAAGCAAAUAUGUAAUCUUUAUUUUUAAAUAAAUGGGAUCAUAUUAUA